AUGUCGACGUCUUCGCUUCCUGCUGAUCUACAAUCGCAAAUCUCUGCGCAGGAAAUUCAAACGCUAUCAUCGGGUCCCGAUCAUGUGAAAAUUGUCAACUCGACGGGUCGCCGAAUCGCGUUCAAUAUACGGACCUCGAAGAAAAAUGUGGCGAGUCGGCCAACCGGCGUUCUUGAUCCAAUGGAAUCCGUUAUACUUAGUAUGAAUUUCGAGGGAAAUGAGGAAAACGAUCGGAUAAUUGUCGAAUACACUUAUCCACCAGAUGGAGCCGAAAAAGUGUAUAAAUGCCAGUACUUCGAAGGUCCCGCGUUGGUUAGAAGGAAAAAUCUGGCGAAUCGAUUCCGCAAUAUUAUUGGGAUGACAGCGACAUUCGAAAAAUAG